UUUAUAUAAACGUAAAGCGCAUGUUAUAAAUAUAUGAUUAUUCAUUUAAUGUUUUUACUUUAUAUUUUUAUUUAAACAAAACUCAUUUUGUGUCAAUCUGUUUACCUUUGAGAAGUAUUAAUAAUAAAAAUGGCGCUGCCCAUGAAACGUUUGGCAGAAAAUGCAACGAAGUUGAUGAAACAUUGGACUUCACCAAGUGCAACAGCAUGUACGAGAUUCUAUUGCCAACAAGCUGAAAAUGGGGAUGUUGCAGCAGCCAAACCAUUUGACACAACAUUGUUGAAAGUCCUGGUGUGUCCGGUGUCAAAACAGCCACUCCGCUAUGACCAGACCAACAAUGAGUUGAUAAGUGACAGUUUGGGUGUGGCAUACCCUAUCAGGAAUGGAAUACCCAAUCUAGUGCCUCAGGAUGGGCGGAUUUUGGACACACAAAUCCCUGGAGCAAAACCAACAUAAUAUUAACUGUAUUUUUUUUUAUUUGUUUCAUUAAAAUAAAAGAAAAAUAGAA